GACACUCCGUAUGGCCUUACCGCUGCCCUUGCCCUCGCUGGUCCCGCUUGCAAUGCCUUCAGCGAUGAUUUCCCCCUACUCACCCUUGAAGUCUCCUAUGAGUCGCAGUCUAGGCUCCGUGUCCAUAUUUUCGACGCCGACAAUCUGCAGUUCACGCCUCCACGCGAAUAUUUUCCGCCUCGUACUCCGUCUGCCCCCGGUCCAGCCUCAAUUCUCAACUCCUCAGACCUUGUAUUCAACUACGAACAAGUCCCCUUCGCGUUCUGGAUCUCGCGCCGCCAGGAUCCAGGCGCGCCCCCGCUCUUUGAUACCCGCCUCGUCUCACUCCCCACCUCGUCGCGCUCCAACGCAACAGUGGGUCCCUUGCACAUUCCUGUGGCGCUCGACGCGUUCCCGCUCGUGUUCGAGAAGCAGUAUAUACAGCUCACUUCGGCGCUCCCGCGUGAUGCGAAUGUUUACGGCCUCGGCGAGGUUGUUGCGAGCGCGGGCUUCAGGCGCGACAACAUAUACGGCUCACACGCAUUCUACCUCGAACAUCGCUUCAACACGUCUACCAACUCUUCCCAGUCGCAUGGCGUCUUUCUGUCCAAUACUGCCGGUGCCGAUAUCAUCCUCUCCACCCCUUCCUCCUCUAACGCAUCCCUCAUUCAAUACCGCCUUCUCGGUGGCACCCUCGACCUCUCCUUCUUCUCUGGCCCGGACCCGAAUGCCGUUAUUGCACAGUACGCGGGCGCGGUUGGUGCGCCCGCGUGGCAGCCGAUGUGGGCAUUUGGGUUCCACCUGUGUCGGUGGGGCUACUCGAACUUGUCAGAAGUGCGAGAGCAGGUAAGCGCGAUGCGCGGGGCGGGGGUGCCUCUCAAAGUUAUGUGGAACGAUAUAGAUCUCUACCGUUCGCUGCGCGAUUUCACAUCUGACCCUAUAAGCUAUCCCCCGGAGGAGAUGCGUGCGUUCACGCGCGAGUUGGCUGCGAACGGACAGCACUAUAUCCCGAUCGUAGACGCUGCUAUCGGACACGUCACGAAUGCCACUGAUGUCUACGACCCGUACACACGAGGAGUUGAGCAGGACGUGUUCAUUAAGAACCCAGACGGGUCAAUAUACAUCGGACAAGUCUGGCCGGGGUACACUGUCUUCCCGGACUGGCUCGCGAACGGCACAGAGGCGUGGUGGGCCGAUGCGCGGCGUAAUUGGAGCGCGGCGGGCGUCGAGUACUCCGGUAUAUGGCUCGACAUGAACGAGGCGAGCUCGUUUUGCGACGGGUCCUGCGGAACGGGCGCGGACUUGUCGAAUACGUCCGUCCCCGUGUCGUUACCCGGCGAUCCUGACGACCUUGUCAUAGACUACCCCGAAGGAUACGACUCUACUGUGUCGGGGUUGAGCGGGAACAUCACUGUGAACGGCACACUCACAUUCAGCGCUGGAGAUGCCGGCACGAUGUCGGCAGCUUCGAGGCAAUAUACCCUUGUCAAGCGCGGUUUGGGCGCUGCGAACGAGUCGAAUGUGGACCUGAGCGCACCGCCCUACGCCAUUCACAACGGGUUCGGCGCGCUGCUAACGCACACGCUCGCACCAAAUGCAACGCACGCGGGUGGGUACGUCGAGCUCGAUACACAUAACAUAUUUGGGUAUAUGGAGGGCCGCGCGACGAACCUCGCACUGCGCGCGGUGCACCCCGGCGAGCGACCUUUCAUCAUUGCGCGCUCGACAUUCCCGGGUUCGGGGCACUGGACAGGACACUGGAUAUGUCGUCGUCGUCCUUCCUUCCGCCGUACCAGCCUUGGGGAUAACUACAGCAAGUGGGCGUACAUGGCGCACAGCAUCGCAGGCGUGCUCCAGUUCCAGCUGUUCCAAAUCCCGAUGGUCGGCGCCGACACGUGCGGCUUCUUCGGCAACACGGACGAGGAGUUGUGCAAUCGCUGGAUGCAGCUAUCCGCGUUCACGCCGUUCUAUAGAAAUCACAACCAGCGCGACGCGCUGUCCCAGGAGCCUUACAGAUGGGAUAGUUACACACUGUUUGCCAACGCCUCGACGAACGGCACACUUCCUGUGCGCGCGCUCUUUUUUGAGUUCCCCGACGAGCCGGAGCUGUUUGCGGUGGACCGCCAGUUCAUGGUCGGGAGCGACAUUCUCGUCACGCCUGUGCUCGAGCCCAAUGUGUCUACUGUCGACGGCAUCUUCCUUGGCCGCGGGCAGAUAACCUGGCGCGACUGGUACACCCACACUGCAGUAAACGCGACCAUGGGCGCGCCGACCACACUUUCCGCGCCCCUCGGGCACAUCAAUGUGCACAUCCGUGCGGGCGCCGCACUCCUCACACACGCGCAGCCGGCGUACACGACACGCGAGACGCGAGCGGGGCCGUACGCGUUGCUCGUUGCACUCGGUGCCGACGGCGCAGCAUACGGCACGGCGUAUCUCGACGACGGGACCUCGCUCCCGCUACCGGACUCCCCAAUCGCGAACCGGACGGUGCGGUUCAUCGUGCACGCGGGCGCGCUCACGAUUGAGAGCACAGGUACGUUCCGCGUGGAACAGCCGCUUGCGCGUGUCACGGUGCUCGGAGUGCCGAGCGCGCCUGGGAGCGUGUUCGUCGGCGGGCAGGAGGCGGCGCGGGGCGGAUGGACGUACAACGCAGACGUGGAGCAACUCGUGUUGGUAGUCGACUUGAAAAACGGGACGCAUCUGUCUUGGUUGUGA